AUGGGACCAGAAGCAAAGAAGAAGAGGAAUCAGAAGAAGAAGCAGAAACUUAAACAGAAGAAAGCUGCUGCGAAGACAGAUACUGAGGGAGAAGCUGUAGCUUCAAACCAAGAGCAGUCCUUACAUAAGCCGGAAAGUGACACGGAAACCGGUGAAUCGGCAGCGCAAGAUUUAUAUGGAUGUUCAGAGCCAAUGGAGGGUAUAGAGGGCAGUGGUCACGCCGAGGAAUCAAAUGAGGAUCAGGAAAUGGAGAUUUGCCCUCAUGAGGAGUCUUCGAUCCCGGUCUCCGAAUCUGUCACAGCACAAGUGGCACAAGCGAACGAACUAAUUUUGACGCAUCAGAAAGACGAGACUCCAGAGCCUGAAAAGGAGCAAGAGGUAGGCGGAAAUGUUCUGAGUGCCACAUCAGAAGUUGAAAAAGUGCCAGUUAAUUUGCCAGAAGAUGGAGAGUACAAUGAGGAUAACGCUGCUUUUCUGCAUGAAAAAUUUGCCAAGGAACCACAACCUGAACCGAAAAUAGAAACAACGCACAUUGUAACCAAUGUCUCUCCGAGUUUUUUGGGUCCAAUUGCCGCGUCUGUUGCGGACAAGGUCGAUACGAGCCAUGAAGAUCAAAAACAGGAUCAAAACGAAGACCAAAGAGAAGGCCAAAACGAAGAAAACGAAGAAAACGAAGAGACGGAUUUGCAUACAGAACCAAUCAAUCUGAGGUUCAAUCAGAAGGCAGGGGAUUCUGAAAUCUUACUGAAGGAAGAUCUUCAAAACAAACUUUUGGCCCAGGAACUCGCCGACCCUGCACCUGUCUUGACUUCCGAUGUUGAUGAGGAAGAAGAUUUCCAGAAUGACGCUUCAGACACCGAGAUGGACAUUGAUCAAAGCGUUUCACGAUCAGAAACAGGUUCACAUUUCGAGACAAUAGGUGAGGCUUCUGUGGGACAAAUGAAUUCUGAAAAAUCAGACGAUCACGACAAAAACAUUCACGAAACCGUUCCCGAAGGCACCGAAGCGGUCCCUACAGACAAAAAGGAGGACUUGUUUUCGACCGAUGAUUCUUCGAGCAACGAGCAGCAUAUUGAGCAAAAUAUAAGAGAAGAAACUAAUGAACCUAUCGGCACCAUCAUGCAAGCGGCAUCAGAAGGCCAUAAGAAAUCAACAGAGUCCCUUUCAACCCAUGUCUCGCAAGAGUUUAUUUCUACCAUUGGAGUUCAGAACGGACCUCAAACAUCAGAUGAAGUUCAUAAUUUGUUCCCUGACGACUCGGUCGCGCAAGAGCCUCUUCCUUGGGAAACGUCUGAAACCGAGGAAAAAACGCAUGUUGAUGAGAAGUCGCAAACUCCGGAAAAAUCUCACUCUGAAGGUUUUUCUGGAAAAAGUUCAACGGGUGUUCAAGAUUACGGUACGCCAGAUCAAAGACAGAGUGAAGAAAUUUCAGAGUCCUACGAUGCCAAAGCGCAGGAUAAUAUCGGCAAUAUAACAGUGGCUGAUCAGCCUUUUAAGAACGAGACAGGCUCGACAGCGGAGGACACCAAAGAGCCACCAAAGGAGUCAACCUUUGAAAAAAAGUUCUCCUUUUUGGAUGAUGACGAUGAUCUACUAGAUGAUGAUGAUGAAAGUGAAAAUGACAAUGCGAGUGACGACAGUUUUCUUCCAUCAGACCGUGAAGAAUUGUCAAGUAAUGAAACCACCGCCCAAGUAAAUUCAGAACAGCGCUCUAGUGCUGGAACACAAUUUUCAUUACACCAAAAAGAAGUGCCAGACGCUUCGCAGAAGAUUGCCAGUUUCCCAGUUCCCUAUCCUGCCGAGCACGGGGUAGCUCCAACGGUGGACAGCAGUCGGUCCGUCAGCUCCGAACCCAAGGCGAAAUACCUGCCUAGCGUGAAUUCAAGUGGUACCGCAACAUAUGAAACUGUACCCUCUUUUCCUGCGGCUGGUCCUGCAAUCACAUUUACCGCUGCUCAAACGACACCUCAUCCGCUUGUUAAGAACGACAGCAACUUGAACCAAAAGCUUGAUGCUGAAAAAAAGAAGUCUGACGCUUUCGAUUUUCCCCUCGAAAUUAUCCCACCAAAGCCUAGAAAGGUUAGUCAUGCGAAAACAUUCGCAGUGGCUCAAAGUCAAAGUCCGGUAAGCACUUUUGCUCCCGCUCGAACCUCUGGAUCCUUAGUGGCCUCGGGCCAACCAAUUGCGAAGCGUAACAACCAGGAAGUCACCGCUAGCAGAAGCGACAGCGUGUCGAGUAGUGGCUCUGGUGGCAUGAGUGCAUACGGCAGUGGCUUCGCUGCCCAGCGGCCAGGACCACCUCUCAUGGCACAAGUGCCAAAGCGAUCGGCUUUUGCACCAAUGGUACCUUCUCAAACACAAGUCCAGAAUAUAUCGGCCCCGUCAACCAUGAAAAAGUACGCUCCAUCUACUUUGAAUGCGGAGCCCUCAAAAUUUAGUAAUGCGCUAAACAUUUCUACUAAAAGUGCACGGGCUCGAGCUUUUAGCAAUGUUUCAAAUGGAAGUACGGGGUCUGCCGUGAGCUCAUAUGGGCGGGGAUCUAACACUCAAGGUGGGUUACCUGGCGUGAAUGGUAACCUUCCCGGCUUAGCACCGCCAACUGGGAAUCUGGCACAAAAUGGGGAGUCCGCCUUUUCGCCUAUUCAAUCAAACACGAUUCCUCCGGUCCUCGAUGUUACUUCUGCUCCACCGCAUUCCUCCAACUUCCAGAAACGAUCACAUGCGCGCUCGAAUUCCAGUGUUUAUGCACCCGCCCACGCUUCGAAAUACGCGCCCACAGUAUUGCCGCAGUUUCAACAGCCAGUUUCUCAUCAAGAUGCUAAAAGCUACAGCGAGGGUAGUUAUCAAUUCAGGAGAUUUUCUCGUAGUGGAUCAAGCUUCCAUCCCCCCAUGGGUCCAACAGCCUUAGCACAAGAGGCUGUUCAAGCUCCUGUCGAUAACGAAGCUAUGCUGAAACGCCAAUUUCCCAUUUUUCAUUGGGGAAAAUCUUCCAAAGUCGUUUUCUCGUUCAAUGCGUCACCUCCCGAGAAUGGACUCUACGGCGCGGGUGAUAACGGAAUUUCCGUAAGGGUAGUGGGCUAUGAUAGAAUUUUGAAAUCAGACAUCAUUUUCAAGGCAUUUCCGGGACCACUUCUGCGAAACAAAAGCAAAGAGAAGGAUGUUGUUAAAUGGAUUGAUGAUUACAUCACCGAAGUUUCGAAAAGAGAACCAUUUAAAGAUUUGACAAUCUAUGAAAUUUUGAAAGUCAAGAUUUUGAAGGGCAACUUGAAAGUAUUGGCAAAAGCGCUUUACGACUAUGAGGAACUGUUGCCCUUUCUAUCACAACCUAUUUCAAGCAAAAACGAGUCAUCCAGUGCCACCAAGCUUAACGAGACAAAUCAGUUGAGAAUUCUUGCGUAUCUACAAAUGGGGGGUCAUGAGCAAGCGUUAGAAUUAGCCCUUGAUCACAAAGAUUAUGCAUUGGCACUAAUGCUGGGCAGCCUUAUGGGAAAAGAGAAGUGGUCAAGCGUUGUGAAUGCUUAUUUACACGAAGAGUUUGGCUUGAAGCAUGAGGAACCACACGGCUUUUCUGUUAAUUUGUUGACAAUAAUAUUCCAAGUAUUUGUCGGAAACGCGAAACGCGUUAUGGAAGACAUAACAUCUGAUCCUUUGUUGAAGGAAUGGGCUUUGCGGGACUGGAAAAUAAUAAUUUCUGCCAUUUUGAAUAAUAUCAAUGGCGCUGGAGUAGCUUCAGAGAGUGACAACAGCAACAGCUCAAAUCCGGGUAUGCCAGCUUUUGUUUUGGAAUUUAUCGUAUCCUUUGGGGCAUUUCUCGCUCAGAACAAUGACCAACUAGCUGGCGCGGUUUGCUUUAUACUCUGCAACUUACCUCUCUCCCCCGCUGAGGUAUUCCCAGGGUCAGAUGUGAGAUUUCAAAGUAUUGGAAAUACCAACAGUAUCGAGGCUGCACUUCUCACGGAAAUAUAUGACUUUUGCCAAACGACAACGUCUAGAGUGCCUGAACUCACCUGUUUGUUACCUCAACUUCUCACGCACGCUUCUGCUUUAGCUGAUUAUGGUCUUGCAUCUUCGGCAUCUAAAUACACUGAGGCCAUUACUGCGAAUCUGAAAAUGAUGCCAAAAGGUUCUGCGUUGGCAAUCGACAUAGCCGCCCGUCUGGAAUUUCUCAAUUCAAAGCUAGUGGGUUCUAAUGGAAGCUGGUUGGCUAAGCCCAAACUCAGCACUGUGUGGGGCCAAAUUGACAAAUCUUUCAACAAGUUUAUUGGUGGAGAUGACGAUGAAGUGCUGAAUAAAGGGCCCAAGGAUAAGAUCUUUGAAAGCUUUACGCCGACGACUUCUAGAAAUGCUUCUAUGCUGGAUUUACACUCAGACGGAAUACUAAAUAGACCCCAGGCGCCUUUUAUUGGAAAUUCUUUCACGUCUCAAAAUUCGCCAAAUGGCGCGCACGAAAGAGCAACGUUAUACGGGUCGAACUCUCCUGCCUUCAAUGUCUAUGGACAGGUUCAGAGUUCAGUUGAGAGAUCAGCCGAAGUUCGCAAUUCUCGGACGCUAGGAAAGACCGAAGCCAAGAUGGUAGCGCAAGAAGCUCACUCAAGUCCUCAAAUGAAAGUAGCAGAUGCUGUAGCUAGGCCUAUGGGUCUCACCCUCUCUGGACGAAGAAGUGUCACCUCUCUCAACUCCCCAGUUAGGUUGGGUGGUCUUGCUCCUGGUGCGGCAGGUCAGCCUGCUAAAAAUCCGGUGAUGACAACUCCGCCAAUCGUUUCAAAUAGGAACAAAAACAAGUAUAGCCCCGCACAACUAGAAAGAAGACCGAGCGACGCAAAUGCACCCUUUCUUGCCAAUACCGUUACACGCUCACUUACAGACGUUAACAGCGAGGAUUCAGGGAUGGGUGCUGUUCAAUAUGGGGCGCUUGGUGCAUUCACGAAGAGAAACUUGUCUAGAGACUCUCUCAUUUCUCGUAGAGGUUCCACGCGGUCAGUGGUCAGUGAAGAGGCGUUAAAUCAAACCCGGCCUGUAUCUAUUCCAGCUACCAGCAACGAGGGGAGCGAAGAAGAAUUAGGUGUUGAAUCUGCUAUAACAGAAAGCGGAAAUGCAAGUCCUCUCUCUUCUUGUGUGAGACUUAAUAACUUACCUGAGAGCUCUACAUUAAACAACGGGGUGUACGGCUCUUCUUCUGACGCUUGCGUUGAAUCAUCUCCUCGUGGAUAUUCGAUGAAAUCCAGUGACCAACUCAUUGGAGUCCGAGGCACCUCUCCUAGCAUUUCAGCUACCGACUCCGUUAAAGUAGGCUCAUUAGAACUUAGGGAAUCACCAACGAAUCACCACGAACCAAACUUUACUGGUGAAGAACCUGACCCUGUGUUGAGCAAAGAAACUUUGAAGGAAUCGAGUCAGGAGUUGCUAGUCAAUACAGCCGAACCGAUUUGGGAUAAAAAAGCAGCGUCUUUUCACUCUUCAAUCAGAGGUUCUCAUGAAAGCACGGAUGCGUUUAGUGAUAGGGAUCAAAGGCCGCUAGGAUUAGACUUGCCUCAAUCGCCCCCUGUUCGUGGGGCCAACCCAUACGCGCCUGUAUCUUCUCAGCUUCCAAAACCUACUACCGUCAACAACCCUUAUGCUCCUAAGGAUCCCUAUGCACCUAAAAACACAGAAGAUGUGUCUUCUCCAAAACCUGAGCAAGGGAGUGUCCAAGACCAGGUUACCGUCGAUAUGCCUGGUAAUAGCGAUUAUAAUCAAGAUGGCAAUCAAACUAUUCCUACUGAAAUGUCUCAUGUUGAAGAAGACUCGCCAAAAUUUUUAUCGCCGGUAUUUGUUGGCAGCGGGCAUAACUCUGAAAGAGCUUGCGGGGCGCCAGAAUCAAAGGCAAGCAGCGUCGCAGCCUCAGAUGUGGAGGAGCAAGGUAUUGAUCAUUCAUAUAAAAGAGAGAAAUCUCCCAAGGUAGCUCCUGUUCCGAUUAUAAGACCUGCUGGGAACAUGAGCUUCAAGCCUUUUAUGCCAGCUUUGAAACCUGGACAAGAGACUUAUUAUGACGACGUUGUAGAAGACGAGUCUGAGGACGAGGAUGAUGCUUCAGAAACUGCAAGAGAAACAGCCGACGCCGAGAGGGAGCAGAAAAAAAGGGAGGAAGAAGCUGAGAGGAAGAGAUUGGAGGCUAAGAAGGGGGAAAAGAAAGAGAAAGAAAAGAAGGAUCUCGAAAACCGAGGCCAAGGCGGUGCGGGAAGCUGGUUCGGCUGGUUGAAAAAGGAUUCAAAUGAAAAGAAACCUGUUAAAGCCAAACUUGGUCACCAAAACACCUUCUAUUACGACGAGAAACUGAAGAGAUGGGUGAAUAAAAAUGCUACAGAGAAGGAAAAGGAGGAGCUUGCCACGCCAACUCCGCCACCACCCCCCGUGAUCAAACGGAAACCUGCUAACGUACCUGAAUCGAAGCCACGUUCAGGUUCAAUGGCAAAUGGAGCCGCUGCUCGUUCGAGCCUCGUUGGCGGCACGCACGAGUUAAUAACUACUCCAGACCUGUUACCACAUUCUGGACAAGCGUCCCCUCCAGUCACAUUGAGAGAAAAGUAUGCAGAUGUGAAUUUGACGGGUAAAAAGGCUAAUGGACUUGACGAUAUUAUGUCCUUAGUGAGUGGUCCAAACGUUGGGGGAGCAUCAUCACGGAAAAAGAAAAAGGCCACUCGAGGCUACGUUAAUGUUAUGAACAAUAUGUGA